AUGAUAAAGUUUGAAGAAUUUUUGAAGACGGUGGAAGAGGAAGCCAAUGAGCUACAAAUUGCAGAGUUUACAAGAUAUGUGGUGGAUAAAGACGGAAGAGAGAAGUUUAUCAGGCAUAUAAUUGAAGCCACCGAUCCUCAGAAGAAAUCAGUCACUUGGAAAGUAAUUGAAGGAGAUUUAUUAGAAUUGUAUAAUUCCUUCACUAUUAUCACAUCUAUUGAAGAGCAAUGGACUACAUGGACAUUUGUGUACAAGAAGAAAACUGGAGAUACCCCUGAGCCCCUAGCUGUUAUGGGUGUAGUCCUUAAAAUGACCAAACAUGUAGAGGGCCACCUUCUCAGGAAAUAG